UGUGUACUCGGACGACCUGGGGGCCGCACCGGUCCUGGAUAUCAACUGUUUGUGCCUUAUCUUAGAGUAAAAGGUCCAUCAGAGCUCAAAAUGCAUUGGCUAUUUCUAAUGUCGCUUGUUCCGUUGGCGAGUGCCGUUAGCCUAUUUACGUUAGAUAACGACCUAGGCAGCCAGGAGAUGUUUAGCGAGUGGAACGACUUCAAGCAGGCCCACAACAAGAAGUACGAGACCGAGGAGGAGGAGGACCUCCGCUUCUACAUCUUCCAGGCCAACAGGCGGCUGGUGGACUCCCACAACGAGGCCUUCCAACGCGGCGAGCACGGCUUCAGCCUGGAGCUGAACCAGUUUGCCGACCUGCUGCCCUCUGAGUUCGCGGCGCAGCGGCUCGGGUUCGAUGGCCGCCACCCGGCGCCGGAGACGGCCGGCACGGCGGCCACCUUCCUCCGACUGCCCGCCGAGAUCGAGCUGCCGGCCGCCGUCGACUGGCGCACAGUCGGCGCCGUCUCAGCCGUCCAGGACCAGGGCCGCUGCGGCUCGUGCUGGGCCUUCUCCGCCAACGGCGCGCUCGAGGGACAGCACUUCCGCAAGACGGGUCGGCUGGUGAACCUGAGCGAGCAGAACCUGAUCGACUGCGCCGGCCCGUACGGCGCCUACGGCUGCGAAGGCGGCCGAAUGCGCGCCGCCUUCGCCUACGUGCGCGCGCAGGGCGGCGUGGACACGGAGGCCGCCUACCCGUACGAGGCGGACGACGACAACGCGUGCCGGUACAGCGCCGCCGCCGGCGCGGUGGGCGCCACGGACGUCGGCUCGGUGGCGCUGCCGAGCGGCGACGAGCAGGCGCUGAGGGAGGCGGUGGCCGUGUACGGACCCGUCUCCGUCGCCGUCGACGCCAGCCGGCCGACGUUCCAGUUCUACGGCGGGGGCGUGUACGACGACCCGGCGUGCUCCGCGGCGCGCCUCAACCACGCCGUGCUGGCCGUCGGCUACGGCACCGACGAGCACGGCCCAGUGUCAGAAAAGUGGCCCGUUUCUAAGUUUUCUUGAACUCGGAAGAUUUGUUCUGCGAAAAGUCUUGACUAAAGUAAAGCAAUUUUUGUUCUGUGAGCAAACGUUCCCUAAACAGAUGGCCAAUGAUUUUUGUGUAACAAUGUACCUCUACCCAUCUAUGUCAGCACUUAGGCACUAUCAGGCUUGAUGGAGCAUUUCACAAUGGGUCACUUAACAAAAACCCAACUGCCUGCCCACUAUGACUGAUUUUUCUUCUUCAGCAGAUUUAGUCAUCUCUCUCCAGUCUCCAUGGCUACUGAAUGAAGACCUGGACUCCUGAAUAGAAUGCAGUACAAACUACUGACCUACUCCCAAGAACCAGCACCGCCUGCUACUCUAAGUUCACCAGCUGACAGCUGUUGGCAAAACUUUCACUGGUAACCUUGUCCCUCACAAUAACUGGUAUUAGAUUGGCAGCCUGAAGCCCAUCAACUGUGAUGUGUUAUGAACAGGUGAUCUGUGAAUGGUGAUCACACAGUGUGUGCGUGCAUUAACAAUUAAUCCUGUAUUUUUUAAUAAAAAUGUUGAAAAUAU